CUGGCAGGAAGUACAGCUGGGAUUUGAAGUCAGAAGCACGGUGUCCAAGUCUGGGUGGUGGCCACUGGCCCUUCCGGUCUCCCUUGCACAACCUACUUCUCUGGGUCUUGAUUCCAGGCUUGGGCCUGGGCUGGUAGGGGCAGGUGCACACUGGCUACUGACCUGUUCCUUUGCGUGACGGGAGAGUCUCCUAACCUGGGGCUUCAAAGCGACUGGGAAGGAAGACGGCCCCUGGCAGCUCUUAGAGACCCUUGGCAGCGGAGACAUGCUGGCUGGUCUCCUCUGAGCCCAGAGAGGCCAGGCUUGCCAGUGACUCAGAAGUAGUGUAGUGCGGGAAGGCUGAGGGGCUGGAGAGAAAGCCACUUCCUGUGCCCCCUAGUCACCUCUGGGUCUGCUUCAGUCUUGUCCAGCGUUGACCAUCCUGUCCUGCACACCUCUGGCCCCCACUCUUUAGGGACAGCUUGAUGGAAAUGCGGAGGGCAGAGGGAGAAGGGUGGGGGAGGCCUGUGCUCUCCUGAAUUGCCGGAUGUGAACCAAAGGCCCUCACUCUGGGUGUGGGGGAGCUGAUGCCAGGCCUUCCCUCUUGGACAGUCACCGGAAUCUCCUGGCCCCACCCUCCCUCCUCGCCCCUCUCUACUGCUGCCCUACAUAAAAAACAGAUCACCGAGAGACUCCUGCUUCAACCCCUCCACGGGAUCCUCAAUAUGUUUGGCGUAGAAGCCGGACUCUCCUUGACCUUCAGGCUCUCAAGGUCUUCAAGGCGACCUGGCGAGCCUCCCUUGGACCUGGGCAGCAUCCCCUGGCUGGGCCAUGCCUUGGAGUUUGGGAGAGAUGCUGCCAGCUUCCUGACCAGGAUGAAGGAGAAGCAUGGUGACAUAUUUACUGUGCUGGUGGGUGGCAGAUAUGUCACUGUCCUCCUGGACCCUCACUCCUAUGAUACGGUGGUGUGGGAGCCACGUACACGGCUGGACUUCCACCCCUACGCCAUCUUCCUCAUGGAGAGGAUUUUUGAUCUGCAGCUUCCAAAUUUUAACCCCAGCGAGGAGAAGGCCAAGAUGAAGCCGAUGCUGAUGCACAGAGACCUGCAGGCGCUCACAGAAGCCAUGUUCACCAACCUCCGGACAGUACUGCUGGGUGACUCUACAGAGGCAGCCGGUGGCUGGCAGGAGACAGGCCUCCUCGAUUUUGCCUACAGCUCCCUACUGAGAGCCGGCUACCUGACCCUCUAUGGAGUGGAGGCCUUGCCACGCACCCAUGAAAGCCAAGCCCAGGACCGUGUCCACUCGGCUGACGUCUUCACCACCUUCCGCCAGCUGGAUCUGUUGCUCCCCAAACUGGCUCGAGGCUCCUUGUCAACGGGGGAUAAAGACCAUGCAUGCAGUGUCAAAGGCCGCCUGUGGAAGUUGCUGUCCCCAGCCCGGCUGGCCACCAGGGCUGACAGGAGCAGCUGGCUGGAGAGUUAUUUGAAGCACCUGGAGGAGAUGGGGUUGUCAGAGGAAAUGCAAGCCCGGGCACUGGUGCUGCAGCUCUGGGCCACACAGGGGAAUAUGGGUCCCACGGCCUUCUGGCUCCUUCUCUUCCUCCUCAAGAAUCCUGAGGCCCUUGAGGCUGUCCAUGAAGAGCUGAAGCGCACUGUCUGGAAAGCAGAGCAGCCUGUUUCACAGAUGAUCACCCUCCCACAGAAGACUCUCGACAACAUGCCUGUGCUAGACAGCGUGCUAAAUGAGACCCUCCGGCUCACAGCUGCCCCCUUCAUCACUCGUGAAGUCAUGGCAGACCUGGCCUUGCCCAUGGCAGAUGGGAGGGAAUUCUCUCUUCGACGCGGUGACCGCCUCCUCCUCUUUCCUUUCCUGAGUCCCCAGAAGGACCCAGAAAUCUACACAGAGCCUGAGGUUUUUAAAUACAACCGAUUCUUGAACCCAGAUGGGUCAGAGAAGAAAGAUUUUUACAAAGAUGGGAAGCGGCUGAAGAAUUACACCCUGCCGUGGGGAGCAGGGCACAAUCAGUGCUUGGGGAAGAACUAUGCCAUCAACAGCAUCAAACAAUUUGUGGUCCUCCUACUGACUCACUUCGACCUGGAGCUGGGCAGCAAGGACACAGAGGUCCCCGAGUUUGACCUCAGCAGAUACGGCUUCGGCCUGAUGCAGCCAGAGGAGGACGUUCCCAUCAGGUACCGUAGCAGGCUGUGACCCGUGGAGCAGACACGAUACUCACCUGGGGCCUCUGACUUCCGGUGCCUUCAUCGCUGCCUCCCUGUUGCUCUCCUAGAAUGCUGUGUCCACAGGAGGGGACCUAGAGGACACAGAGAGCAGGAAAAGCCAAUAAAAGCUCUAUAUCCCACUGUGAAGACACUUCCAAA